UAGAUUAUGAUUCAGAUUUAAUUUCCCUCCUCCAAAGAAAUGCUUCUGGAUCCCUGAUAUUUGUAUAUUCGAUUAGAAAAAAAUUGUUGGAAAUCGCCCUGUAUAACCGCGACUAUUUUGUAAUAAUGUUGCCUGCUUGCUGCUUAUGUGAUAAACAGAGACAAAAACAUACUUAAUGAUGCUCAAACUCAAUUGGUUGUAAAUCAAAUGAUUUGCUACAUCAAAACAGACUAUUCAGUGCAUGCUAUCCGUUUGCUUGGUUAUUAGCGACAGCAGAUAGUACAACUGAGUACAACCAUCGUACAACUACUGCCCCCACAAGUGUAAAUAACCUCAUUUUUACAUAAUAAAGCGGAAUAGAAAGUUUGUGAAAUGUUUCUCGUUUUCAUUUGGCAGUUCAACAUGGCGUUCGUCUGUACAUAACCGUAAAUAUUUUCGGAAGUUGGUGUUGAUUUACACUUUUAGAAUUCGAAAUUCAGUGAUGUUUUUUGAAACAACGAGAACUCCCGUCCGAAAAUUGUCGAUUUUCUUGAGAGGGUUUGUGCUUAUGAUAGUGAAACAAAAGAAAUUCGACUAUGGCCGAUACCCAACAACAGACAAUUGAAUAUCAGUGGGCCUAUUCUAUUAUGGACUCUAGUAGAGUAUCCACAUUCAUUAUUUCUAUGUUGUUGAUUGUGUAUGGAUCCUUUCGAAGUCUAAACAUGGAACAAGAAGCUAGAGAUAGAGCUAAUGGUAGCACCAACUGCCUAUUAAAUCCUGCAGCUCAAGUACAAACUGAUAGCAGUGUACAAACAUUGGAUACAAUGCAAGCUUUAUGUUUGCCUCUGGGGGCCAGCAUUUCAUUACUUGUUAUGUUUUUCUUCUUCGAUUCCAUGCAAAUGCUUUUUGCAAUUUGUACUGCAAUUAUUGCAACGGUAGCUUUAGCGUUCCUAUUGCUUCCGAUGUGUCAGUAUAUAAUAAGGCCAUGUUCAGAUGGAAAUAAAAUUUCAUUUGGAAUUUGUGGUAGAUUCACUAGUGCAGAGAUUUUGUCAUUUUCCAUGUCAGUAUUUAUUGUUUGUAUCUGGGUUUUAACAGGUCACUGGCUACUAAUGGAUGCAAUGGGCAUGGGCCUUUGUGUAGCAUUUAUUGCUUUUGUAAGAUUACCAAGUCUGAAAGUAUCAACAUUAUUGUUAACUGGUUUAUUAAUUUAUGAUGUCUUUUGGGUGUUCUUUUCCUCCUACAUAUUCAGCACUAACGUGAUGGUUAAAGUAGCCACGAGACCUGCUGAGAAUCCGGUAAGCAUUAUGGCAAAGAAAUUCCAUAUUGGCGGAGUAGUAAAAGAAGCGCCAAAGUUGAGUUUACCAGGAAAAUUAGUUUUUCCUAGUAUACACAAUACAGGACAUUUCAGCAUGUUAGGUUUGGGAGACAUAGUGAUGCCGGGUUUAUUACUCUGUUUUGUUUUGCGCUAUGAUGCAUACAAGAAAGCCCAGGGACUUACCGGAUCUAGACUGACGUACUUCCACUGCUCUCUCUUAGGUUAUUUCUUAGGACUGCUUACGGCAACUGUUAGCUCAGAGAUCUUCAAGGCUGCUCAACCGGCACUUCUCUACCUCGUACCAUUCACUCUGCUACCUUUGCUUACCAUGGCCUAUCUUAAGGGUGAUUUGAGAAGAAUGUGGUCAGAACCAUUUAAGGCUUUGACGGCAUCGAAACAUUUAGAAGUGUGAUAUAUCGAGAAAUUUAGUUAAUAAUAAUAAGGCAUUAAUGACAAUUUGAAAGAAGUAUCCUUACAAGACAACAAGUGUCUCUGUUUUUCUUCAGUUCAUCCCGUACUACAAUAAAAUUAAACGAUACCCUUGUCAAUUUAAGAACAAGUUAAAAAUUGCGCUGUUGUAUUUAUUUGCAAUUUGUCCUAAAUGUAAGUAUCAUUGAUAUUCGGUGGAAUUUAAUUACUUUCUUUUAUAAAGUCGUCCUUGUUUUCUAAAAAAUGAUCUUUCUCAGACAACCACCUGUUUUAAGGUGUCGUUAGAAAUGAAAUUGCUGAUUUUAUGGCAUAUAAUUAUAUUAUGAAAAUAAAUUUAAUCUGUACAUAAAUCGUUCAUUUCAAAGAACAAUAAAUUAUUUUUAUUUUCGUUCUCUAUAACAGCAUAAGAAAAUUGUUUUCGAAUUUUAUGGGUAGAUAUAUUUUGUAAUGGCAAUUAUAAAUUUUUUGUUUGUUUAGUUUCAUUGUAAUAUCUAUUUCUUUUGGAAAUUUUAAGAAAUUUUUAUUUAACUAAAUUAGAGGUUAGCUAAAAAAUAUUUUGCCUUUUUAUUUUUAACACUAGAAAUAAUAAUAACAAAAAAAAAUAAUGCUAAUUUAAAACAAUCAUGGAAACAUCAGAAAUAAACUUACCAUGAAACUAAAAAAAAUAAAAGAAUAACUUCCUAUAUGCUACAUAGAAAAGGAUGACUAAGAUUUUGUCUGUUUCUGUGAUAAUAAUUUUGCAAAAAAACGUAAAAGGAUUUUUAUGGCUAUAAAUAGAAUUCCUUAAGAAAUAAAGUAUUAAAUUAAUGGGAUAGAAUUGUAUAAUUUUGUACUAAAAUUUAAGUGUGAAGUUAAUUGUUGUGUUCAGUCCAACUAUUUAUAUCAAUAAAGUGGUUUUAAAAGCUUUAUUAAAUUCAUUUAGUUCAUUUGUUCAUAUUUUUUUUUUUAGUUUAUCAAAUUUUCUGUUAAAACUGUGAGGUAAAAUGUUGUUUAUGUCACUAAUAACGUACAUAUUACAUUUUAUAUUGAUAUUUUAGGAUAAUUGUCAAAUUCGUUUAGUUGUUGCGUAUGUAUAUUGUUGCAAGUGUAUCACAGACUUGAACAAUGUUGAAAAAUUGUGAAUUUGUGAUUGAAUUAUUAUUUUUCUUAAAUCACACAAAUUAUUCUGUUUAAAUUAGGUUCAGAUGCAUUGUCCUGGAUUAUUCAUUAAAUAUAUUUUGUACAUUAAAAUUACUUUGUAAAUAUAUGUUCAUUUUUGUA